AUGACGGAUUCAUACAAUCUUUCAACCAGUUAUGUCAAUUACAACUCAUCCGAGUAUGAAGAUGACUAUGGUGAUGAUUAUGAUGAGGAUACAGAUCUCAAGAAAUCUCUUAACAUCAUGUCACUGAUAGUCUACAGUCUGGCUUUUGUACUUGGAGUGGUGGGGAAUGGCAUUGUCAUUUGGGUUACUGGAUUCAAAAUGAAAAGGACGGUCAACACGGUCUGGUUUCUGAACCUUGCUGUAGCAGACUUCCUCUUCACUGCCUUCCUCCCUCUCAGUGUGGCUUAUACGGCUAUGAGCUUCCAUUGGCCUUUUGGGCAGUUCAUGUGCAAAUUCAACAGCACUCUCAGUUUCCUCAACAUGUUUGCCAGUGUGUACAUCCUGGUUGUGAUCAGUAUUGACCGCUGUGUGUCUGUGGUGCGUCCAAUUUGGGCACAAAACCAUCGGAAUGUGAGACGAGCUUCUGUGGUGAGCUUUGGAGUUUGGUUUUUUGCCCUGGUGCUGAGUUCACCCUACUUUGUCUUCAAGGACACUGCACCCGACCACAGUAACCCAAACAUUAUCAACUGCUUUAACAACUUUGCGUUUUCUGAUGAUUAUGAAACACCAGAGGUGGUGGAGCUCCGGAUUCUGCGGCAUCGUGCUAUGAUCAUUACCCGUUUCAUCAUAGGUUUUGUGGUGCCUUUUGUGAUCAUCGUCUCCUGCUAUGCGGUUAUCAUCCAUCGUCUCCAAAGAAACCGUUCCAUGUCUGGCCGAACUGCCCGUCCCCUCAAGAUCAUUGCAGCAGUGAUCACCACCUUCUUUCUGUGUUGGGCUCCUUACCAUAUCCUGGUGCUCAUAGAGAUGGUAAACCACAUGGGAAAAACAUACAGCUCCACCCUGCAAUAUGUCACCACUGUUGGAAUUCCCAUUGCAACCAGUCUUGCUUUUCUAAACAGCUGCCUUAACCCACUGUUGUAUGUUUUUAUGGGACAAGACUUUAAAGACAAGGUACGCAAGUCAAUCCUGAAGGUUUUGGAAUCCGCUUUCACAGAGGAAGUUUCACGCACAAAUACCUGCACAAAUUCAAUGCCCAACAUUCGUAACAAAGAGAACGGGAGCAAGUCCUUCUCUGAUGUGGAAGUAUAACUGUAUAGCAUAAAUGAAGCACGUUUUUCUGAAGGAGGACUUUACAGACUGUCUUGUGUAUUUAAUGCUCUUGUAAAACAGUCUGAUUGAUUGCCAGUAACUUACUGUAGAUUCAUAUUUAUAAAAUUAAUUGGCAACGGUUUGUUCAAAUAUAAAUUAACAUUAAACAUAAACAAGUCUCAAACAACUCUUUAAAGAAUUAAACUAAUAAGAACAGCCUCAUGCAAAGCAUUCUGGGAACCAGAAACCGUUAUCAACCUUUUUAUUUUAUUUUUUUAUUGGGUCCCAGAAAUGCUUUGCAUUAGGCUGUUAUUUCAUGUAUUUUUUUCCUGUAAAGAUAAGGCAAUCAACUGCCAUACUGUAAUUUCUAAAAAAAUGUUAACAGUGUGGGUAUAUGCUUAUACAAUGCAGAAUUAUUAUGUACAUAUUAUGUGUGUGUGUGUGUGUGUGUGUACUUGUUUAUGCUUCACUGUGGAGACCAAAUGUCCCCCACAAAUAAAAUCCUGAAAUGUUUGACAUUAUGGGAACUGGCCUGUGGUCCCCAAGGGGAAAAAAUAGUAAAUGGUGUUUAUCUGAAUGUGCAACCAUGCAAAUUGUUGUGUUGUAAGGGUUAGGUUAAUGGGUUAGAAAGUAUUGUUUUGUUUGUAUAAAAGUAAUAGAAGUCUAGUUCUCACAAUUCACAGAAAUAAAUGUGUGUGUGUGUGUGUGUGUGUGUGUGUGUGUGUGUGUGUAAAAGAUAGAGAUUUUAUUAUAUACCCAUAAAGUAUUUGACAAAUUAAACUUGGUAUUAUAGGCCAUAUAUGAGCAAAUUAGAAUGAAGUUUUUACAUGUAUUGUGCGUGUAAUGCAAGUAGCUUUUGGCUGUUUCUUUACUGUAUAACUAUUGUCUGCACAUAAUUUUUAUAAAGCAUAUUUUAUUUCAUAUAAAAUAGUAUUACGCUGGUUGAUGUAUAUCAAAGAAUAAGCAAAAAGCUGAAGCAAAAUAAACUUAUUGAUUAAGCUUCUUA